AUGACCGGAAUUUAUGCUACCAUUGAAGGUGGUAAAUUCCGGUCAAUUCUUGAAGCGAUGCUUGAAGCUGAUGUAUCAAUAGAGGAUAAGGAAUCAACAGCAAUGCUUGUUUGGCAUGAUUCACUGAGAGAAUGUGAUUUCUUUGGUCCUCUUAAGCCUUGGCAAAUUGUAAAUAGGAUCCCAAGCAUUAACAUUAUAUGUAGAAAAUGUCCAUAUACUCGAGUUAUCAUGAGAAUGCAACCUCAUUUUCCAAAUCUUUAUAAUUUCCUUCCGAAAUCAUAUAUAUUGCCAAUUCAACUCAAAGAUUUUCUCCAUGAACUCCAAACAUCCGGACAGACGUAUAUUUACAAGCCAGAUGGAGGUUCUAAAGGAGUUGAAAUUCUUAUAUUCAAAUCAGGCGAAAAAUUUGAAGUUCCUCAUGAAAGUUCACUUGCUGUUGCACAACAGUACAUUGAUUCGUAUCUUAUUGAUGGUACAAAAUUCGAUUUAAGAUUAUACGUUUUAAUUGCUUCAAUUGAGCCUUUACGAAUAUAUGUUUAUAGAAAUGGCCUUGCCAGAUUCUGUUCUGAGAAGUUUGAAACAGGAACUGCCUUCAGCCAACUCACAAACGUUUCAUUAAAUUCCGAAAACCCUGAUUGUGACAUCAGUGAGAUUUCCCAGCUUGUAUCCGAUAUAUUCCCUCGCAUGGAAGCAAUGGGAGUUGAUGUAAAUGCUGUUUGGGAGAGAAUUGACAACGCAAUUGUAUCUACCGUUAUUGCAGCCCACGAAUUCUUAGUUAGAUCGGAGGAAAUAUACUGUCCGAAGACAGGAUACUCCCGCUGCUUCCAUUUGCUUGGAUUUGACGUACUUCUCGACCGAAAUCUGAAUCCUUGGAUUUUGGAAGUCAACAACCGACCAUCUCUUGAUUAUUAUAGAGGUAAAGAGCGUAGAAUGAAGGUUGGCGCUAUCAGAGAUGCAAUAAAAAUCUGUUGUCCGCUUCAUCAUGCACAAAUGGCUUUGGCUGCGAGAAAAUGGGCUUGGGACAAAGAUUCCUGGUUACAGUUUGUCAAAGAAACACCAAGUCUAAUAGAAAAUAUGGAACUUACAAGAAGUGAUGUAGAAAAAAACACUUUGUUCCAUUUGGUAUAUCCAUCCAACCAUCCCAACGCUAAAGAAUGGGAGAAAGCUUUGGAAAUGACCCGUUCAAUGCCUCUUGAACUGCUUCCUGGAAUGAAAUUACCUGAAUCUAUUCUCAAAACACUCAAAUAUGUAUUUUGA